GGAGGUCUGUGGAGGGAGACGAGAGCCUGCGUUGCUCAGAGCACAGCUUAAUCCUGCCUGCGAGAGGGAGGCAGCGCUCGGAGCGGCCCAACGGGGGAGGAAGGAGACGCUUUCAUUGAGGACACACCCUCCUCGCGUUACCGAGCCCUCGCGGGCGUCUCCUCGCACGCAGCGCAGGUGGCGGCCGCCGCGGAAACCGUCCGCGCGACUCACUGAGGUCUGGAUCCUCCCCGACUCCUCAAGUUGUGGAGCCGGAGCCGGACUCGGCUUCCCGGCGCAGGGAGACGGCACGCCAGGCACGCGGCUCCCCCCGCUCCUCCCCGCUCCUCCCCGCUCCCCCCCUCUCCCACUCAGCCUCUUCCUGGGCUCCCGUCCAGAGUAUGACUGGCUUCACUGGACCUGAGCGGCAGCAGGCAGCCUGAAGAUACACUACAGCAGCCCCACUGCCUGACAGACUGCCUGCUGGGAGAAACUACCCACCUGAGCUUUUACAAAUUACCUGCUCCAACACCUUUGACGGAUUUGUGCACUUUAAUGGUGUUGUUAAUUUUUUUUUUUCUUGGGCAAGGAGACAGACAAACAAACAGACGGACUGACAUAUGGACAGAGAGCAGUGGGCACUGCGGCGUGAAUGUAGCAACUGGACUUCUCUUCUCCCUGGUUACUAAGACCAAGCAGGAAUAGAGCACUCUCCUGUCCAUCGAGCUCGUGGGUGGAUGCAGAUUUCAGCGGGCUGCAGGCAUCCAUGCAGUGCAUCAGAUGAAAUGGAUCGUUGCCUCCAAGUAGUGGAGCGUCACAGCUGAGCUCUCUCCCCAAACGUUGUGUGCAGUUUUAUUCGAACUGCGCACAAACCUGUGGAGGAGUCCGUUUUUGCCUUUUGUGCUGAACACUGGACUUGGAUGUUUUCUGUGUAGGUGAACGCGGAGCUCUGCUUCUAAUGAGGAUGCCACCGUGUACGAGGACUGUGUGUCUGACACUGAUGCUGCUGUGGCUUGUUCUGAUGGACACAGCUCACACAACACACAGCAUCUACCCCAGGAUCAGACUCUCCUAUAAAGAGCUCUGGCAGCUGAACCGGACCUGGGUGUUCGAGGGGCGCGGGGCUCCUCUCCAGCCGCACACCAUGCUGCUGGACGAGGGCCACGGGAGGCUCUACGUCGGGGCGAAGAACGCCCUGUUCUCCCUCAGCCUGGAGCGGGUCAGCGCUCACCACAGAGAGAUCCAGUGGGCCAGCACAGAGCCGCAGAUAGAGGACUGUCUGAUGAAGGGGAGGGAGAAGCCCGAAUGUGCAAACUACAUCAAGGUCCUGCAGCAGCACAACCAGACCCAUCUCCUGGCCUGCGGGACGGGAGCGUUUAACCCCGUAUGCUCCUUUGUCAGAGUGGGACACACGGGCCAGGACAAGCUAUUCACCCUCAUAGAGGACAGCACUAUGAGCGGCAGAGGACGCUGCCCAUACGACCCCAACAGUCCCUGCACCUCUACACUCUCCAAUGGGGAGCUAUACAUUGGUCUGUACACUGACUACUGGGAGAAUGAUGGUGCACUGUGUCGACUCAACAACCAGACCUACCUAAGAACGGAAAGGGACGACAGACAGCAGCUCAACGAACCUAAAUUUGUUGGCUCAGCAGUUAUUCCUGACAACGACGACAGGGACGACGAUAAGGUUUACUUUUUCUUCACCGAGAGGGAGAUGGAUGCGGAAGGAGUGAACAAGGCCGUCUACACUCGCGUCGGGCGAGUCUGCGCGAACGACCAAGGAGGCCAGAGGAUGCUGGUGAACAGAUGGAGCUCCUUCCUGAAAACCCGCCUCAUCUGCUCCGUGUCCGGGUCAAACGGCAUCGACACCCACUUUGAUGAGCUCGAGGACGUGUUUGUGCUCAAAAGCAGAGACGAGAAGAACCCAGAGGUCUUUGGACUCUUCAGCACCACCAGCGCUGUUUUCAAAGGCUUCGCCGUGUGCGUCUAUCACAUGGACGACAUCAGGGCGGCCUUCAACGGCCCGUUUGCCUAUCGAGAAAGACCUGAGCAUCACUGGACCCCCUACGAGGACCGGGUCCCCUACCCCCGACCCGGAUCUUGUGCCAGUAAAGUGAGCGGCGGCGGCUUCUCCAGCUCCAAGGAGUUUCCUGACGAGGUCCUGCGUUUUGCGCGUUCUCACCCCGUGAUGUACCGCGCCGUGCUGCCCCAGCGCCGCAGACCCGUCCUGCUGCAGGCCGAGCCGGGCGCGAGAAAGCUCACGCAGAUCGCUGUGGACAGAGUCCAAGCCCAGGACGGACACUACCACGUCCUGUACAUUGGCACUGAUGAUUCAGUGGUGUUGAAAGUUAUCACCAUCUACAACAAAGACACAGACACUAUGGAGGAGGUGCUGCUGGAAGAACUGCAAGUGUUCAAGGUGCCAACGCCAAUAAAGGAGAUGAUAAUAUCGCCUAAGAGGCAGCAGCUGUACGUUGGCUCGGAUGUGGGUGUGGCCCAGGUCAGGCUGCACCAGUGUGACCUCUAUGGCUCUGAAUGCGCCGACUGUUGCCUGGCCAGGGAUCCCUACUGUGCCUGGGACGGCCUCACCUGCUCCAGAUACUACCCAGCGGGAGUCUACACCAAGAGCAGACGAUUCAGGCGGCAGGAUGUUCGCCAUGGCAACGCCGUCCAGCUGUGCAAUGGGCUGCAAAUUGAUGACGAACAAUGGCACAGAGCCGAGGAGAGGCGGGUGUACGCCGUCGAGAGCAACAGCACAUUACUGGAAUGUGUCCCUCGCUCGCUCCAGGCCAAAGUGCUGUGGUUCUCCCAGAAAGGAGGGGAAAAACACGAGGUCUGGGGCGAUGAUCGGGUCGUCAUGACCCCCCAUGGGCUGCUGUUCCUGAGCGCCAGAAGCUCGGAUGCCGGCGUGUACGUGUGCCAGACCGUGGAACACGGCUACGUUCACACGCUCUUACGCAUCACUCUGCACGUGCUCAGAGGCGAGAGAGUGGAGUCGGCGCUGCUGGUUGCCAGUAACGACGGGAAGCAGACAAGAGGCCCGUGCCCCUCCUCCGUGGGCCCCCCACCAGGCCCCAGCAUCAGCCCCAGGGCCCUGGUGCCAUCCACGUUCCCAGGCCCCCAGUCCAGGCUCUGGUACAAGGAGUUCCUGCAGCUGAUCGGCUACGGCGACGCCCAGAGAGUGGAGGAGUACUGCGAGCGAGUGUGGUGCUCUGAUAAAAAACACAAAAAGACCAAGAGGAAGUACGCUGCCCCAGGGGGCAAGAAGAAGGUGAAGGGGAGGGGGGAGGAGAACUCCCACAGAGCACCCAGGCACACGGUGGACACCUGAGGGGAGCAGUACCUGCACCUACACAUACACGCACUCACACAGCGUAAAGGUCAGACUCACUUAGUGUUUCCACCACGUAUAGGUUUUUACUUUGCUCCUCCCAGGAGGCGCGCUGACAGAGCAGCAUUAACCUGUCGAGGCCUCAUUUGUCUCCACCGCUUUAACGGACAAACACCUCGCGCUCCUGCGCGGCGUGCAGAACCGGUGCUGCAAGUACUGCAAGCGUCAGAGUCGGUGCAGAGCAGAGGCCGCGGGACGGAGGCGGACAUGUGACGAAGCCCCGUGGCCUCUGAUCUGAACGGACAGAACGUCAGCGGACCCGUCGGCUCCUGCGGACCCGCGCACACUCUCACCACGCGGCUGAACAGGACAAACUCUUACUGCAUCCACUAUAAAAGAAUCACCUAUGACAUCAUCUAUUCUGUAUGUGUAAAUUAUUUUCCUAAUUUCUACUUUGAGUGAUUAUUGUUGUUUAGAUGUCAUAAACUGGGGAAGCAUAGUGUUGUUGUUUUUGUGCAGCGGGGGAAAAAAAACAUGGAGCUUUCUAACACAUCUCAUUUAACUGUGUUAAUGACUAAUAUACCGUUUAUGGCCACUAUGCAUAAGGUACGAUUUAGCAUUUACUUCUAAUUAUGCCAUCAAUCAACACAAUAGCUAUUUAAGCACUUGUAAAACGUGUUAUAGUAGAUGAGACCAUGUCCUGUCAGUGGCUGAUGUUGUUGUUGUGAGUGUCUAUAGUUUCAUGUACAAUUGUGAGCAAAAGUGCCAACAGUAUUGUGCCUAUUGUUGUAUUUAUCUCUAAACCCAGGUCCUCGUGUGCACAUGUGGUGAAUAUAACUGUGUAGAACUCCCUCUUCCUCUCUCUUUUACCCUUCCUGCUUUUUCGUCCCUCCUCCAUCAGCUGCUCAGUUCUGAUUGUCCGAAACAAUUUCACAGAUGAGAUUAAUAAUUACCUCCGCACGCAGCGAUGUACAGAAGACAAUUACUUUCCCCACACAGGAAAAAAAAGGGCACGUUAGUGCUAAGGUGACCAUCCAAGCAUGUCAUUUGCAAAACUGAUGAGUCAGCCCCCAUGAAUAUAUUAAAAUCGUGAUAUUACUGUACUGCAAACUGUAUUGCAGCUGUUGAUUUUCCAUGUUGUGCCUUAUUUGGUCUAUGUUUUCAGAUCCUCACCCAUCAUUGACUUGACUGGAAGUAUGUGCAUGUGUAGGUACACAGGCAUGCGUCAAAGUAACUGUAAUAAACUGAUAGAACAGCGCAA